AUGGGUUGCUGUUUCGGUUGCUCACGAAAGGCAGAUGACCCUGCUGAAGAAAUUGAUAAAGAUAUCGAUGAGCCUCAGGGCAAAGAAGCAUUGGAAGGCGGCUUUGAAACACGGGAGCCGAUAGCGGUGGCAAACAAUAAGUCGGGCACCAAUGAAAUGUCUUCCUCAACAGCGAAGACUAAUGCUAAAUGUGAAUAUAUCGAUAAGCCUAAGGAAAAAGAAACAUCGCAAGGCUUGGAAACGCAGGAGAUGGUUACAAAAAGUGAAAAUGUAGAGCUUCGGUCACAGACGGGAGAAACACUCGCGACAGACAAAGCGGAGCCAAUCGAAGUCAAGGAUAACGGCAAAGAGCCAGUUCUCGACAAGGCCACAGAAAAGCCAUUGCCUGUUGAGGUGAAAAAAGCAACAAAUUUGCCAACUGAGCUCGAAAUUCAAGCAGAUGUCGCAGAUAAAGUUAAAGGCGAUGCCUUGGAGAAGCAAGACGACAACAAUUUGCUGAGCAAAGAAUCUGCAAUGGCUCAACUUGGACAAGAAGUCAAAGAAGACUUGGCACAAGCUGACGCCUCCGAAAACCAAUCUUCGGAAAUCGACAAGGCCACAGAAAAGACGUUAGCUGACGAAGUGCAAAAAGCAACAAAUUUGCCAACUGAGCUCGAAAUUCAGACAGAUGUCGCAGAUAAAGUUAAAGGCGAUGCCUUGGAGAAGCAAAACGACAACAAUUUGCCGAGCAAAGAAUCUGCAAUGGCUCAACUUGGACAAGAAGUCAAAGAAGACUUGGCACAAGCUGACGCCUCCGAAAACCAAUCUUCGGAAAUCGACAAGGCCACAGAAAAGACUUUAUCCAUCGAGAUGGAAAAAGCAACAAAUUUGCCAACUGAGCUCGAAAUUCAAGCAGAUGUCGCAGAUAAAGUUAAAGGCGAUGCCUUGGAGAAGCAAGACGACAACAAUUUGCCGAGCAAAGAAUCUGCAAUGGCUCAACUUGGACAAGAAGUCAAAGAAGACUUGGCACAAGCUGACGCCUCCGAAAACCAAUCUUCGGAAAUCGAUAGUGUUGGGAAGUCUUUGAAAACUAGCGAAAACUUGGGAGUAUCUGAGGAAGAAGCAAGCGGCGUCGCCAUCGAAGGUAAUGUAACAGAAAUCAAAGCAAUUGGCGUCACCGUGGAAGCUAAUGUUGCCGUAAUCAAAGAAGAUGACGCAACAAAUGAAAUUGAGAGCCACGUCACAAAUCAAAUCCAGUCUGACGUAUGCAAAGUCGAAAGCGAGCAUUGCCCAGCCGAGCGAUCUGUUACCACGGAAACGGUAGCGCCGCCUGCGAAAUCAUGUGACGCUGGUGCGGUCUCUGUGAAGGACAUCCAUAUCAGCUUGAACGACUCACGCGAGGGCGACGAAACAAAAGGCGAAUUGAAAAUAUCCGGCGAUCUAAGUGAGGAACCUCAGCCUCAGGACAAAACCACCGAUGGACAAGUGUCCAGCGAAGUGCAGGAGAGUGGUACUGAUGAACUAAGCGAGGAAGAAGACGAGGAGCCUGAAGUAUCAUGGACCAUGGCUUCAUUGGUGGCUCAACUUAGUGAAAUUGUGCGUAGAUAG